GCUGUCGGGAGCCAGAUCUCUGCGGUACCCGCGAGCUAGCCCGUGAAGGUGGGACAGGGGCCGGGACGCGAGGUGCCGCAGAGCCGUCUCGGAGCGUGGCCGCCCAGCGCCUCUCUGCCGCAGAGGAUGCGGGAGCGCAUCUGGACGUCCCUGCUGCUGCUGCUGCUGCUACCGCCGCCGCUGUGGGGCGGUCCCCCGGACAGCCGGCGCCAGGAUUUGGAGCCUGAACGCGGGCCUCUGCAGCCCUUCGACCUGCUCUACGCCAGCGGCGUGGCUGCCUAUUACAGCGGGGAUUACGAGCAAGCAGUGCGCGACUUGGAAGCGGCGCUGCGCAGCCACCGGCGCCUGCGGGAGAUCCGCACGCGCUGUGCCCGCCACUGCGCACGCCGCCCGCUCGCGCCCCCCGGGGCCGGUCCCGGGGCCGAGCUGCCUUUCUUCCGCGCCUUGCUGGAGCGGGCGCGCUGCUACCGCAGCUGCGAGACCCAGCGCCUCGGAGGACCCGAGUCCAGACACCGAGUCAGCGAGGAUGUGCGCAGCGACUUCCAGCGCAGAGUACCCUACAACUACCUGCAGCGGGCCUACCUCAAGCUUAAUCAGCUGGAAAAGGCGGUGGAAGCAGCCCACACAUUUUUCAUGGCCAACCCUGAACACAUGGAAAUGCAGCAGAACAUCGAGAAUUACAGAACAAUGGCUGGGGUGAAAGCAUUGCAGUUGGUAGAUCGAGAAGCCAAACCACACCUGGAGAACUACAGUGCAGGAGUUAAACAUUAUGAGGCCGAUGACUUUGAAAUGGCAAUCAAGUACUUUGAACAAGCUUUGAGAGAAUAUUUCAAUGAAGAUACGGAGUGCCGGACUCUAUGUGAGGGUCCUCAGAGGUUUGAAGAGUAUGAAUACUUAGGUUAUAACGCUGGUCUCUAUGAAGCCAUUGCAGAUCACUACAUGCAGGUGCUGGUUUGUCAGCACGAGUGUGUGAGGGAACUUGCCACCCGCCCCGGCCGCCUCUCACCAAUAGAGAACUUUCUUCCUCUGCAUUAUGACUACCUACAGUUCGCCUACUACAGAGUUGGUGAAUAUGUGAAAGCCUUGGAGUGUGCCAAAGCCUACCUUCUGUUCCAUCCAGAUGAUGAGGACGUCCUGGACAAUGUGGAUUACUAUGAGAGUCUGUUGGAUGACAGCAUGGACCCAGUGUUCAUUGAAGCCAGAGAGGAUUUGGCAAUGUUUGUGAAACGUCAUAAACUUGAAUCUGAAUUGAUAAAGUCAGCUGCAGAGGGUCUUGGAUUUUCAUACAUUGAACCAAAUUACUGGAUCAGAUAUGGAGGACGACAGGAUGAGAAUCGAGUCCCUUCAGGAGUUAACAUGGAGGGGGCAGAAGUUCAUGGAUUGUCAAUGGGGAAAAAGUCAUCACCCAAGAGAGGCGGAGACCUAAGAGAGGGUGGCCCCCUGUUGUAUGAGAACAUCACCUUCGUCUACAACUCAGAGCAGCUGAACGGGACUCAGCGGGUUCUCCUGGAUAAUGUCCUGUCUGAAGAGCAGUGCCGGGAGCUGCACAGUGUGGCCAGUGGAAUCAUGCUUGUUGGUGAUGGAUACCGAGGGAAGACAUCACCGCAUACACCCAAUGAAAAGUUUGAAGGUGCAACUGUCCUGAAAGCCCUCAAAUUUGGCUAUGAAGGACGAGUGCCCCUGAAAAGUGCUCGUCUGUUUUAUGACAUCAGUGAGAAGGCCCGAAAGAUCGUAGAAUCCUAUUUCAUGUUGAACUCAACAUUGUAUUUUUCUUACACUCACAUGGUCUGCCGAACAGCCCUGUCUGGUCAACAGGAUAGAAGAAAUGACCUCAGCCAUCCCAUCCAUGCUGACAACUGCCUAUUGGAUCCAGAAGCCAACGAAUGCUGGAAGGAGCCUCCUGCUUACACUUUUCGGGAUUACAGCGCACUCCUCUAUAUGAAUGAUGACUUUGAGGGAGGAGAAUUCAUUUUCACUGAAAUGGAUGCUAAGACUGUGACUGCCUCUAUAAAACCAAAGUGUGGGCGUAUGAUCAGCUUCUCAUCAGGAGGAGAGAACCCACAUGGGGUGAAGGCAGUCACCAAAGGCCAGAGAUGUGCUGUGGCUCUAUGGUUUACUUUGGAUCCACUUUACAGAGAAUUGGAGCGAAUACAGGCUGAUGAAGUGAUUGCAAUUCUGGAUCAAGAACAGCAAGGAAAGCAUGAAGUGAAUAUUAACCCUAAAGAUGAGCUAUGAAAAUGAGAGUGUUCUAUCAAAUAUUUAUUUAAAUUGUUAAUCUUAUAAGAACAAACUGUUUUAUUUUUGUACAGAGCUAUGCUAUAAAUUAACAGGUUGAUAUGAGUCGUUAGAUCUCCCUUCUGCUCCUAAGGACACUGACUGUGCCUUGCUC